AUGAAAUGCAUUUGCAAAAAUACAUCAAAAGACUUAAUUAUAUCAAUAAAAGACGAUAAUGUAGUUUUUUAAGCUUGUAAUUAUUGUAUAUUUCAUGGAUAGGCAAUGACAAACAAAACGUUAUCUGUAAAUUUCAAGGUUGUUAUGAUUUUAGUGAUAGUAGUGAUAAUGAUAAUUAAAUAAUUCGAUUAAUGUCUUAGAUCUCAUGUAAGAAUAUUGAUAAGAAUUCUUUCAAAUAAAUCCUUGAAAUAAAUACUGAUUGUUCAAAUGUAAUAUUGGUUCUCAAUUUAGCAUUCCAAAAUGUUUAUUAAUAGUGACACCAAUUUUAGACUUGUGAGUUCUACACAUUCAACUUCGGCUAAUAGUCCAACAAUAAAAGAAACAAAAAAAAAGAAAAAGUAAAAACCAAAAAACAAUGAAUCUCAACCAAAAUCAGAAGUUGAAAAAUCAAAAUAAAUCUCUGAUUCAAAGAAUUCAUCCAAACAAACCAAAUAUUGUUCUUUAGUAAAUGAAGAUAUUAGAAUAUUCGAAGAAAAAAUAAAAUAAUACACAUCUGAAAUGGAUGACUCCUAAAAAAUAGUCUUAAAUCUCCCAUAGGAAUGGAUUAAAAAAUUUGGAAUUCAAAAAAAAAAAAAAUGA